AUUUUAAUAAACCAGACGAACACAACCAUUUCUUCUUCAAAACCCUAGAAACACAAACCAGAGCAAAUUCCCCAAUUUCAUCCACAAAUUAGGUCUAUAUACAUAUUAUUAUCGACGAUAUACAUACACUCACGAGUUUGUGUUUCCGCCAUGGCUGCUUCGCAGAGAGAGCAAACACUCUCUCUCCUCGCCGCUGCAAACAAUCACGGAGAUUUGGCGGUGAAGCUUUCGUCUUUGAAGCAAGCGAGAGAUGUUUUACUUUCAGCGGAUCUUUCGGUUCUCGCGGUUGAAUUGUUUCCGUAUCUUGUUGAGCUUCAAUCUUCUCAUGAACCACUUGUUCGAAAAACCCUAGUCGAGAUAAUUGAGGAAAUCAGUUUAAAAACAAUGGAGUAUUCACCAGUACUGAUGCAAGUGUUGCUGACACUACUAAGGGACGAGGACUCUGUUGUUGCUAGACAGUCCAUUGUUGCUGGCAUGCAUAUAUUUUGCAAAGUGUUAGAUGAGUUAGCAUUGCAGUUUCACCGGCAUGGUUUAGUGGAUAGAUGGCUUGAAGAAAUCUGGUCUUGGAUGAUCAAGUUCAAGGACGUUGUCGUUCAGAUUGCAUUAGAGGCUAGGUCUAUUGGCCCAAGGUUGCUUGCUAUAAAGUUUUUGGAAACUUGUGUGUUACUCUUCAUGCCCGACAAUGAUUCCAGAGGGCAUAUGACAGAAGCAGUGGGUCGAAAUGCACAAGUGUUCAAUGUUAAAUGGCUAGCUGGUGGUCAUCCUGUUCUGGAUCCAGUUGCACUCCAGUCUGAAGCGAAUAGAUACUUCUUGAUUUUACUUGACCUUUUGAGCUUGUCUAGUAGUCUUCCGGGCUCCAUUACAAUCUCUGUUAUUAAUAGUCUUGCUAUCAUUGGUCGAAGGAGGCAGGUCCACUAUAGCGCUGUUCUUUCUGCAUUGCUUGCGUUCGAUGCCAAUUUCAUAGCGAAAGGGGCCCAUAAUGCCAGCAUAGUAUAUUCUCUAAGAACUGCUUUCUUGGGAUUUUUGAGGUCUACACACCCUGUUAUAAUGGAGUCGAGAGAAAAAGUGCUCAAGGUUUUGAGGUCAAUGAAUGCUGGAGAUGCAGCUGACCAGGUGAUGAGGCAGGUUGACAAAAUGUUGAGAAACAGCGAGCGCGCUUCUCGUGCAAGCAAGGAUGAGCAACCAUCAAAUCACAUGCUUAAACGAUCAACCCCUAUGGACCAAGAACACACAGUUUCCAACGAUUCAGCAUCAAAGAGGAGCCGUUACAGUUCUAAUAGCAACACAAGUACUGUAAUUCAAACUGAUCCAAGACAUGAUCACUCAGUAAACGGAGGGCCCACGAAGGUGGCAUCACUAGAUAACGGUCUGACACCCGUUGAACAAAUAAUUUCCAUGAUUGGUGCGUUACUUGCUGAAGGAGAACGAGGUGCUGAAUCUCUUGAGAUCUUAAUAUCUCAAAUACAUCCAGAUCUACUAGCGGACAUUGUUGUCACAAAUAUGAAACAUUUGCCUAAAAAUCCUCCACCGUUAACAAAGAUUAGCAGUCAACAAAGUGGCCUUUCAAACACUUCUUCCCAGGUUGCACCGACUAUACAGAGUCCCGUGCUUACAAAUGCAGUUAGCACAUCGUUGUCUACUACAAUUAACCUCCAAACAGACCCCAAACGUGAUUCUCGAAGGGACCCUCGUCGUCAUGACCCACGGCGUGUGACAUCACCAGUCGGUACCCAAUCUGAGCAUUACGUGGAAGAUGUUCCAAGUUUGGCACAAUCUGGCGUAACAGAGUCUGACUUUGACGUGUCUACCCAGAUUAAGAGACAACCUCUGCCACCUGUGGUGCCAAGUGUCGAGAACCCAUUGGAUAUGGAACAUAUUGUUAUGCCCAAAGCAGAAACCGAGUCACGUAUCCCAGAUAAGUCAGCAGAUUUUAAAGAACAGGUCCCAGAUGAACGACAACCCAUGCAAGUUAACGCUGAUAUGGAGUUUGAUAUUCCUCCUACUAUUGAGUCUGUUAACAAGGAGUCAAACGUACAAAAGUCAAUGGAUGUUGAUAUGAUUCAUAUGACAGAUGAUGACCGAUCACUGCCAUUGGUGGAAGUGGAACCGCUUUCACCAAGCACGGUUGGCACACCUGUAUUGGAGGAAACCGAAACCGAAACCACUGUUGAUUUACCUGUGGUUCCGUCUUAUGUGGAGUUAACAGAAGAACAGCAAAAAGAUAUAAAGAAUCUGGCAAUCAAAAGGAUUAUAGACUCUUAUAAGCGGUUAAGAGGUACAGAGUUUAUGCAGACCCGCAUGACACUGCUGUCACGGCUGGUUGCUCAGGUUGAUGCCGAUGAUGAUGUAAUUCAAAUGAUACAGAAGCAUAUAGUCUCUGACUACCAAAAUCAGAAGGGACAUGAACUUGUUAUGCAUGUGCUAUACCACCUGCAUGCUCUUACAAUGUCAGAUUCCGCUCAAGAUUCUUCAGUGGCCGUUGUAUAUGAGAAAUUCCUUCUAGGAGUGGCAAAGUGUUUGCUGGAUGUGUUACCAGCAAAUGAUAAAUCGUUCAGUAGAUUAUUUUGUGAAGCUCCUAUUUUGCCUGAGUCAGCAUUUAAGCUUCUUGAUGAGUUAUGUUGCUCCGAUAAUAAUUAUGGAAAAGAUAUUCGUGACGGUGAUCGUGUACACCAAGGUCUUGGUUCUUUGUGGAGCUUAAUUUUGGGACGCCCUAAUAACCGUCAUGCGUUUUUGGAUAUUGCUUUGAAGUGUGCUAUUCAUCCAAAAGAUGAAAUCCGUGCAAAAGCUAUUCGACUGGUAGCAAACAAGCUUUACGUUAUUGAGUUCAUCUCAGAGAAAAUUGAGGAUUUUGCUACAAACAAACUGCUCUCAGCCGUUAACAGACCAGUAUCAGAUGCGGAGCUUUCGGUUUCAGCGGCCAAUGAACAAAGAACCGAAGGGCAGAUGGGAAGUCAAGAAACAUCAAUUAGUGGCUCUCAAGUUUCAGACCCCGGGACGUCUGAGAACGAGUCAGCAACGGGCCCACAAAGUGAUUCAUCAAUGUCACUUGCUCAAGCGCAACAACACCUUUCUUUGUUUUUUGCAUUAUGCACCAAGAAACCUAGCCUUCUUCAACUUGUAUUUGAUAGGUAUGAUCAUGCUCCAAAGGCUGUUAAGCAGGCUAUUCAUCGGCAUGUUCCUAUUCUUGUUCGGGCCCUUGGUCCAUCAAGUUCCUAUUUACUCAAGAUAAUAUCUGAUCCACCUCAAGGAAGUGAUAACCUCCUGACACAGGUGCUGCAUGUUCUGUGUGAAGGGACGACUCCUUCGCCUGAUCUGGUUUCGAUUGUCAAGCAGUUAUAUGAAACUAAACUUAAGGAUGCUACAAUACUUAUUCCAAUUUUGAAUUCAUUUACCAAGAACGAGGUUUUGCCUGUUUUCCCCCGUCUUGUCCAGCUUCCAUUGGACAAGUUUCAGACGGCUAUGGCCCACAUACUACAGGGUUCAGCUCAUAUGGGGCCCGCACUUACUCCAGCAGAAGUAUUGGUUGCCAUUCAUGACAUUAACCCCGAGAAAGAUGGAGUUCCACUUAAAAAGAUAAUGGAUGCUUGUUCAGCUUGUUUUGAGCAGCGCACUGUUUUCACACAACAAGUCCUAGCAAAAGCGUUGAACCAAAUGGUUGACCAAACACCAUUACCCCUUCUCUUCAUGAGGACAGUAAUCCAGGCUAUUGAUGCUUUCCCCAAGCUGGUUGACUUUGUUAUGGAGAUACUUUCCAAACUUGUAAACAAACAGGUUUGGAGGAUGCCAAAAUUGUGGGUUGGAUUUCUAAAAUGCAUUUCACAAACACAACCUCAUUCUUUUCGUGUAUUGUUACAAUUGCCAUCACCACAACUCGAGGGUGCUCUGAAUAAAUAUGGCAGCCUUCGGGGUCCACUUGCCGCGUAUGCCAACCAACCUAGUAUAAAAGCCACUUUGCCUAGGGCAACUCUACAAGCCUUGGGCCUUACAAGUGAACCACAAAUGCAGCAACAAAAUCUUCAAAGUGCCAAAGUUCAAGGGACGUCAUAACAAUCAAAAUACGCAACUCUGCCAAAACAACAUUACGUGGGACCCAUUUACGAGUGUACAAAGAGGCGUGGGACCCUUUGUGUUUCCCCGAGUAAAUAUAGGAUAGCGUAUUGCUUAUCGAGGAUUUGAAGUCAAACGGGGCUCAUAGGCAGGGUCGACUUUUGUAUCAUUAAUUCAUCAUUAUCUUUUGUAAUUCUGUGUUUGUUUUGAUUCAGUAGUAAGCACUGUAGGAACUUUUUAUUAUUUUUUUUUGAACUAGGAUAUUUUUGUGAAAUACUGCGUUUAAGUGAAGAAAUGGAUCAGUAGUCCGCUAACUGAACCAUGAUCGAACCGUUUUAUACAGUCAAGUGAUGUGAAACUGAAAAUUAACCGA